CGCACCAAGUUAGUGUCUCUCUGACGCAGAGAACAUGUGAAGAGCUACAGAGAAAGUCAUCACGUACAACGAUCAAUGAAAGAACAGAAAUGCUGAGACCACUGCUUGAGUUUACACUUGUCAUGGUUUUGAAUCUUUACGUGGUUACUGCAGGAAAUCAAAACAUCAAACUGGUCGGUGGUUUAGAUGCCUGCUCGGGAAGAGUUCAGAUUUACAAUGACACACAACAGUUGGAUGUGUGUGGGGGCUCCUGGGACAUUAAUGUUGCUGCUUUGCUGUGUAGACAGUUAGAAUGUGGAAGAGCCGUUAUUGCAGAUGUCCAGGCUCUUUUUGGGGUAGGGAGUAGUCUCUUCUCGAUUAAUAUCAGCUGUAAGGGAACUGAGUCAUCCUUCACACAGUGCCCUCAACAAAAGAAAGAAAAUAGUUGUCCUCCGAGUAAUUUUGCUGGAGUCAUAUGUUCAGGUUCUUCAGUUAUUAUCAUUGCUGCUGUGGUAGCAGCUGUACUGUUCAUAUUGUGUAUACUUAUAAUCAUUUUCCUGGUGAGGAAGAGACAAAAACAAAAGAAAAUCCGAUUCUCCAGUUCAAAAGAUGCAAUUAAUAUGCAGGAUGUGCUCCAAAAUAACCAGAAUGAAGAGAACGCUGAGGGUGACUACGAGGUUGUAGACAUGGAUGAUGGUGAUCGUAAAGAUGCAAACUCUGAUGCUGAGUCUGAUCAGGAUUAUGUUAAUGUAGAUAAGGAAGAUUCUGAUCCAGACUACGUCAAUGUGGAAACAGACGAUUCAGAACAAGACUAUGUCAAUGUCGAUGUUACAGAACACAGAAGUACACCGGGGAAUAACUAUGAAGAUCUUUGAACGUUUUUUGAUGGAAAAUAUUACAGAUUUUCAAUUUUUCGCAGAAUAAAGGACUUAGGACCUUCUGAAUGGAUAUCAGCACUAAAUCCCACAAAACAGUCCAUUAACAAACAAAAGUGCCACAUAAAAGCGGAGCCAGAAUUUCCAGACAAGGAACAAAGUCAGCAGUGAAGUAUUCAUUAUAUCCAAUAAUCAGUGUCCAAGUAUGAAUAAUUCUUUGUAUAUGAAGAGAACAAAGACGCUUUGGUCAUUAUUAAGCACUAAUAGUAAAUAAUAUAAUUAUGAUUUCUCUAGAAUGUGAGUAAUGUGAGCUAGUAUUAUGAGUGUGGAUUCCCUUUUCCUGUAGCAAAGUAUCAGUAUUUGUCUACUUCACUGAAAAAUGGUGGCACUAGCAAAUUAGCAGUUGUUAACAGAGCUUUAGCAGCAAGUAUGAACAUUUAUUAGUAGCGAUGAAGUGUUUUUGACAGUUUUUCAAGGUGUGUUCUAUAAAGAAGCAAACAAGGAACGUCGAAGAGAGGAAGCAGUAGCUGUAUCCGUUCACAGUGUGAUACAACCCCUCUGCUGUGUUUCUUCCUCUCAUUGUUGUUAAUGUUAGACAACCGCUCACUGUUACUGUGUGAUGUCCGCCUUUUAAUAUGACUGCUCACUGGACAACAAAAAAAAUUACAUUUAAAUUAAAAUUUUAAACAACA